AACAUUCUUCGUCGUUUCACAGACAGUCCCAAACUAACCAGUUCCUUAUCUUUCUGUUCUCCUGCUCUUGUCCAGCUGCGUUGCUCUGCUUGAUCACACAAUGUACUUUGUUUCUUCUUUAACUCUUUCUUCUCGAGCCAAGUAGUUACUUCUCUUGGCAAUAACGAAAUAGGUUCCAUCCUCUCCCACAUCCGUCCCGUCACCCUGCGGCUGUGGGCACGUUUCUAGUCAGGCCCUGGCCAAUACAGCCCCGUUGCUAUGGCAGCUGCCAAGGCCCUGCGCGGCGCAGCCCCUGUCGCUAUGGUAACGGGGGCCUUCUCCUGCUGGCGGCGCGCAUCAUGGCGGCGCCCUUGCUGAAGCGGCGCGGCCGGAGGCGACUGAAGGUGCUGGAGGAGACCUAUGAGCAGCAGCAGCAGAGUGUGAAGAAGCAGAAUGAGCAGCUGGUGGCUCAGCUCCUGUCGCAGAGCCAGGACGCGGAGAAGGCGCGGGCAGAGCUGGUGGCGCAGCACGAGGAGCGUGUGGCUGUGCUGCAGCAGCAGAACAUGUGGGACCUGGAGUGUCUGCGAGAGCAGCAGAGGACAUUAGUCCAGACAAUGGUGAAAGACUACGAAGAGCAGCUCCAGCGGCUGAGGCAGACAAAAGACCUGGAGGUUGAUGCAGUGACUGGUUCCCGCCUCACACACCAGGUCUCUGAACAGCAUCAUUGAGCAGAUGGAGAAGUUCUCCAUCAACCUGCUUGACCUCUCACACAAGGUGGAGGCCACGCAACAAACCACGUCCCAGGAGCUGGCACAGCAGUGGGACAAGCAGCUCAAAGGUGGAUGAAAAUACUAGGAAAAGCUUAUUUAAAUUAUAUUCCACAUGGGAUGCUGUUGUUCCUUUGAGGAAACUGCAUGCAUUUGAUGGCAGAGCCACCUCCUUUGAUCCUGCUUGGCCGGUUAAAGCCCUGUCCCCAAACGUGAAUACUUCCAGCAGCCGUGGAAAUGCUAAGUUUUUAAAGAAAUGGGCAGAUGAAUCUACUGCACCUACUCGGCUGUCGCUUCUGGUGCCUCUGCUCCUCCAGCUGCUCCUGAGAUGCAAGAGGAGCUGCUCCGGAGAAUUUGACACAGAAGCAACUGAUAAGGCAGCAAUUUGUGGCAAAGCAAAAGCAGUUGUUAGAACUUCACCCAAAAAAAAAAAAAAAAAA